UCUCUGGGUCUGUGCUUGCAACACAGGCCGCAUUCACCUUCCCGUUCGCCCAUCCCGAGGGACCCCCGUCCUCCCGCCACCUCCGUGUGGCCCUGGCCCGUCCCCGCCGCGCUCUGCGAGCUGCCUGAAGCCAAAGAAGCCAAAGCCACGUUUGAUAUUUUAAAACGCGCGGCGGGGCCCGCUCCGCUCCCUCCGGGCAGCGCCGCUCCCGCCCGGGCCCGCCCGCUCCGCGCUGCUCCCCGGGAGCUGAGGGGCUGCCCUGGCUGUGGGGAGCGCCUCGGCAGGGCCGGGGUGUCCGCUGUGCCCCGGGGCAGCCGCGCUGGGCGAUGUCUGGGGCACUGCGGGAGCAGGGAUCUGUCCCUCCGGCCCCUGCAGGGCACUGAUUUAUCUAUCUCCUCAGCCUCUUGGGCCGGCUUUUUGCAUGGCGUCUGCUGGCUGUCACCUCACUGAGCCACCCUACGUGCUGGAAGAAGUUUUCCUGCUGCUGCGUUCUUAAGUGUAGCAGCAUUGUACGGUCUUAGAUUCACUGAGUCCCAGAGAAACGGAUCAAAAAAAAAAAAAAAAAAGCCCCUGGAUCUGUAUUCAGCAACUGUUCUUGCACCCAGCGUAAAAGAUCUCUUAGUUGGUCCUUUGGGACAGCCAUAGGAUGUCCCUGACCAUUGAGUCUAGGAGAUCUAAGGCAUCUCUUUGCUAUCUGGACAUUAGGUUUCCCACAUCUCUCUGUGUGAUUAACCCUGAAGAAUCUAAAGCGUACCUGACUGACUGCUCGCUGUCAGUUCUCCUCCUCGGUUCGCAUCCCGUGGGUGUCAGCAUCCACGUUCUGCUUCAAACCAGUGUGAAACCUAGGGAUUUCCGAGUUCUCUUCCUUUUUUCUCUCUUCUUUCUUUGCCCUGGGGAUUUUUCCUUUCCAGCUCACAGCUGCAGUUGUCUCUGUUUCUUCAGAGAGGUCCCAACCUCAACAGGUGUCCUCACACUGGGCCACCACUAACUGCUGGUUCUUGGCUUUUCUGCCUCUGUCAAGGUCGGGAUUGAAGCGCUCGAGAUGGUAUUUUGUGUUCAGACUCAGAUGUUUAUUAUUUCUUACCUAGAUCACAAGUUGUGAGUCCUACAGCAUUCUGCCAACGAGCUACAAAACGGCUAACUAUCAUUCUCUACAAGGUCUUCUAAGGCUAAACUAUCCAAUUAAGAAAUGACACCUAAAUUAUUUUUACUUUUAACCCAAUAGCUAAUCCCUCGUGUCCUGCACUGCAGACUUUUCUGUCCAAUUACACAAAACCACCCAAACCCGUAAAGAAGAAGGAGGAAGAAGGUGAAGAAGAAGGACCAGCCUCUGCCCUAAAACCUCCAUCUUGCUCUACAUAUAUUGCUAUAUUCUAAAACCUUAAACUCUUUAAGUUUUCCAUCACAUAAUAUUACACAUUUCUAAUGAAACUACACACCCACAAUCCCAGUGCUGUUAAUCAAUUUUGGAGGCCUUCUCCACGGCCUCAGGUCAAAUGCACUGUUCUCUUGUGGGUCUGUGCCUUUCAGCACUGAAAGUUUAAAAUUCUCAGCUUCCAGCAUUCCAACACCUAGACUGAUAUUUUUAUAGCUACAAUUAAUGUCCAUCUUUCAGUUCCCUAAUUUAGCACCUUUCUUGCCUGCUGGCAAGAACAUUUGAUGCAGCAAGAAGAGAAUCUGAAAAAUUAGCUGCUGUCUUGUCAGAUAUUAGUUAUUCCCCUGAUCCGGCCUUGAUGUUUAUCCCUCCCUCUUUGAGUUUUCUUAAUUAUUUCUGUCUUGUAUUAAUUUUCACAUAACUCCCUAGAUGUAAGCUUUAUGGUUUAGAAUCUCAACUGCUCAUUCAAUUAAUGGGCUUGCUUAAUGUGCUUAAACUUUCCAGAGAUGCUCGUGACACAUUAUGAGGGAGGGAAAAAAAGAUUCCAAGUAUGCUCCAUCUCAUUUGUGGUACUCCUGAGCCUGAAGUCCAUUUUAAGCUCUUUAUCAGAUUAUCUAGAUUUAUUAUUUUUAUAUUCUCGUGUUCAUUAAGCAUUUAUAUAGAGGAGUAUUCUCUCCAGAAGAGUGACUUCGUUUCCUUUGCCCAUCCCUCAUUACCUGGCUUAGCCCCUCUGUAAAUGAGCAAUUGUAUUUUCAGUGCAUUGAGAAGGAUCUGAGAAGCUGACUUGAAUAUGGCAAAUAUGGAAGGACAGAUCUUUCACUUCAUAUCUGAAAACUCUGUAUUUUUUGAGCAAAACAAAGGAUCUGCCAGAGAUUUUCUCUAAUUUUUCUUGGCUCAGUAACCCCUAAUCCCUGUUAAUAUCUGAAAAGAUUUGAGGUAGGUUUGCAGAGGGAACCCAACCUGUGUUUCAGCCUAUUCCCCACUGAAGCCUACACGAGUUAUGUCAGUAAUUCCAGGAAACCUGAAUUUAAACACGGGCUCAGGCAGGAUCCCUCCGGAUCCGGGUGCCAGAGCCUUGGACAGGUGACACAGAGCAAUCCUGACAGGAGAGCAAAGUGCAUUCCAGGAACACAACCACAUGUGGGUUUAAAAGAUUAAAACCACACUACAUGGACCCCGUGGGAAAUGAUCUCCUCUCUCUCUCCAAGGCAGAAUGCAAACCAGAUAAAGAUAAAAUACAUGUACCCAUGCAGGUUUCUGACAGCUGUGACUCCAUCUUCGUUAAUGGCAAGGAGAUGAAGAGCAAAGUGGACACCAUUGUGAAUUUCACCUACCAGCACUUCACCACCCAGCUGGAGGUGACGGUCUGGGUUCCGCGGCUCCCGCUGCAGAUCGAGAUCUCUGACACGGAGCUCAGCCAGGUCAAGGGCUGGAGGAUCCCUGUCACCUCCAACAAAAGGCCCACCCGGGACAGCGAGGAUGAAGAAGAUGACGAGAAGAAAGGCAAAGGCUGUACCCUGCAGUACCAGCACGCCAUGGUCAGGGUCCUGACGCAGUUUGUGGCCGAGUCCUCGGAGUUUGGGGGCCACCUGACCUACCUGCUGGGCUCGGAGUGGCAGUUUGACAUCACAGAGCUCGUGGCUGAUUUCAUGAAGGUGGAGGAGCCCCGGGUUGCCAAGCUGCAGGAGGGCCGGGUGCUGGCUGGGCGUGAGCAAGGCAUCACCACGGUGCAGGUUCUGUCCCCUCUCUCGGAUUCCAUCCUGGCAGAGAAGACAGUGAUAGUUCUGGAUGACAGGGUGACCAUUACUGACCUGGGGGUGCAGCUGGUGUCGGGCUUGUCCGUGUCCUUUCAAAGCAGCAAAGGAAAUAAGAGAGCCAUCGUCGCCACCACCUCUGCCCACGACAUCCUGCGCACUCCCAAACAGGAGGCUGUGGUGAGUGCUUGGGUUUUGUUCAGCGACGGGUCGGUGACGCCCUUGGACAUCUACGACUCCAAGGACUUCUCCAUGUCCAUCACCUCCCUGGAUGAGAUGGUGGUGUCGUCACACCAGAGCCUCCAGUCCCUCUGGCCUGUCGUGGUGGCAGAGGGGGACGGGCAGGGGCCUCUGAUCAAAAUUGAGAUGGUGAUCAGUGAGCCCUGCCAGAAGACCAAGCGCAAGAGCGUUCUGGCCGUCGGGAAGGGAAACGUCAAAGUGAAGUUUGGUCAGAAAGAUUCGGACCAAAAAGGGAGCACCAACGACAUCGAGGACGUGGAGAAAGAUUUUAAAAGCCAUGCCAGCAAUGCUAUAGAGAAAGCUGCAGAACAAGAGAGGACAGCACAAGACUGGUCCAAAAACCACGAGGACGUGGCCGGUCCUGAGGACAAUGCAAACAAAAGCACAACUUUCAUCUCUCCCAUUGAUCAGGAGUCCCUGGAGGAUGGCCAGCUUCAAAAUAACCCAACUGCCUUCACAGGUUUCCCUACCCAAGUAGAAAUACCAGGAGAAAACAAUCCCAGUGAUCUCUCAUUGACUUCCAGAGGAUUGACAGACCUGGAGAUUGGCAUGUACGCGCUGCUCUGUGUUUUCUGCUUAGCAAUCUUGGUCUUUUUGAUUAACUGCGUGGCAUUUGCUUGGAAGUACAGGCACAAAAGGUUUGCUGUGAGUGAGCAAGGCAACAUCCCCCAUUCCCAUGACUGGGUCUGGCUUGGAAAUGAGGUGGAGCUCCUGGAAAACCCAGUGGACAUUUCGCUCCCAUCAGAGGAGUGCACUACCAUGAUUGACAGAGGGAUGCAGUUUGAAGAAAGCAACUUUCUCCUUAAUGGGAGUUCCCAGAAGACUCUUCAUAAUCAUAUCCUCAGAUCUUCUGAGUACCUUUGUGAAAAAGAAGUUAAAAGUGAACCUAUAAAUCCUUCUGGGCCAAAGCAGAAGCGAGUAAAGUUCACUUCAUAUACAACAAUACUGCCAGAGGAUGGAGGCCCCUACACCAACUCAAUUCUAUUUGACAGUGAUGAUAAUAUUAAAUGGGUAUGCCAAGAUCUGAAUCUUGGCGAUUCCAAGGAACUUAGGGACUAUAUGGAAAGACUGCAAGACAAUAUGUAAAACUACUUUCUUAUGUUUGUAAUCACCUUUAUGCCUUCUGUUUAUGGAUGGUGGAGCAGUCAGUCCAGUCAGCAAUAGGAACAAGACAGCCCAACCCUGGAGGUACUGAGAUGAUAACCUGAUAUCAGAGAGCAGGUACAAGAGGCUGGCUGAGUUAAUCCUGUUUCACCACAAACCAGGAUGUGCCCCUAAAACAGCUCCCUGUAGGUGUUGGAGGUGUCACACACGAUGGCUGUUUCUGUGUACUGCCUGGUACUAGCAAAAUGCUAAUCCAACUGCGCUCAGACUCAGAGGAGACUUCAUUUGUUUGUCAUCUCUCAUGGGAAAUGGUAAAUCAGAAAAGAAAGGGAUGUUUGUUUGCAUUGAUUUUUUCUAGUCGUCGUCCUUUGUAAAGCACAGUGGACAUUUCUUGCUUACAGCCUGAGAGGAGGCUCAUGGAAAAAGGGAUUGGAAUGAAUCUCAUUUUAUUGCCUAUGUGCAAUGCAGCCAAGUAGUCUUAUUAUUUUUUACAGAUAUAAAAAACCCCAUGUGGUUAAUUUCUUCUUAUAUUGUUUGUGAAUUUUAUUUGACUUAGGGAACAUUAAAUAUUUUCUUUGAAGGGGUUUGGUUUUUUUUUUUGGUUGUACCAAAGUGUAGUACAGUAAUAUUUAUAAUGAUUUGAGUUUUUUAUUCAUCUGCUUCAGCCCCCAGAGAUACCUCCUUCAUCACUGAUUAUCUUCCUCCUUUCCAUAUGGGUCGUUACUUUUUGAAACAUAGAAAGGAAUUUAGAACUCUUACUGGGAAAGGGUUGUGUCUUCUUACAGGGAACUGUAAAUAUAAUAAUAAACCCUGGAAAAUAAAAAUCAAGG